CACACCAGCAUCCUUCUAGAGAACUGAGACACACAAAGAACGAUCAUCCAUAAUAAACGUGAGAGACCUGAAUAUGGCUUCCAAAACUCAGAUACUACUAUUGCUAGUGGCUAUAAUGAUUACAAGUUAUGGUCUUACCAAUGCUGCUGCUGCUGACACUGUAACAAAUACAACAAUCAACUGCACAACCAACAGCACGACCAACUGCUCAGCCAAUGGCAUAACCAACUGCUCGGCCAAUGGCACGACCAACUGCACGACCAUUUGCACAACCAACUGUACAAACUACGGCAUGACCAAUGCCACGGUCAAUGGCACAACCGCCAGGACUUUUAUAACUGCAGGCUCCAAUGUUACUGCCAUCAACUGCUCAACCAAUGGCACGACCAAUGGCACGACCAACUGCACAAACCACAAUAUGACCAACGGCACGAACUACGGUAUGACCAACGGCACGAACUACGGUAUGACCAACAGCACAACCACCAGCACAGCAGCAACCAGCACCACAACCACCAGCACAGCAGCAACCAGCACCACAACCACCAUUUCUACUGCACCAACUCUUUCACCUAUGGGGAUCGUAGGACUGUCUGGACUUUUGAUCUAUAUUGUCACCUCCACUGCAGUUAUUAACCUCUUCCACCAGACAUGAUCAUCAACUCCAUUUGAAAAACUGCCUAUGUUUGUCAAAUAUCUAAAACACAGAUUACCGAUUUUUUUGUUGUUGCUCAAACACUAUAAAAAACUAGAAAAAUAUAUGUAUUAGGGCUG